UCAGAUGCGGUUUCCUGUGCUGACCUGGGAGAGUCAGCCAUCAGCCGCGCAGCCGGGGGCACCGCAGCCCGGCGGCCCUGGAACCUUCCAGUUAUGUUAAUGGGCACCUGAGUUAGCAGUUUAUCCGGAGUUUCUUUGAGACCUAAUAAGGUCUUGGCCAGCCUGGUAUGCAUGCGGUCUCCCACUGCUCAGCCAGUUCUGCUCACCUGUGAAUGAGAACUAAGAGCCCUGGGUGAUGAAGACAGAGGAGACUGUAGCCAAGGAUCCAGGUAGAACUACAAGGGUUAUCAUCAUACAUGAAAUCCAUUAAUAGCCAGGAACUGAAGGGUCUCACUGGAGUCAUAUUUAUUGCUAAUUGGAAACCUGAGAACUGCCUGGAACAAUACCAAGAUAUAGACAUGCAUGUCCAGGAAGAUGUUUUCAACAGUGAUAGGAUUUUGACGGAUCUGACGUAAUGAAUGAAUCAUCCCAAGGGCAUAAUCUGAAAUGAUGCACUUUAUCUCUGCACAUUCUUUCAUACUUAGCAACCAUCAGAGAGUUUCUCCCAUGCCAGCUUCUUGAUGAUUCUGCCUUGACAUUGGUUGGAACAGUUGUUUCCAACCUGUGGCUCAUGACUCCUUGGAGGUCAAUUGACCCUUUCACAGAGGUCACACCUAAGACUUCUAUACUACAUAUAUUACUGAUGGUUUUAGAAACUGAUAUACCACUCCCAUAUCAAUCUACAAGUGGGACUCCUACAUGUAGAUAAUUUAAGAGUUCCUGGUUCUGUAUUAAAAAGGUGGAGAACCACUGUCUUAGAAGAGUUAGCACAUGGACAUUCCACUUAAAGACAUGUAAUUGUAAUGUUCUGCCAAGAAAUGUAUUUGUGUUUGUUUGAAGUUAACAGUAUUCUCACAAAGUGGUAUACAUAUGAUUUAGAAAAGAGGUCCACAUUGAAAGAAGAGUAAAUAGGAAAUACAGAUUUUACCUCACAAACAAUGUAAAGGUUAAAUGAUGAUGAAAAUACCUGUAAGUCAACCUGAUGAUUUAUUAAUUUGAACAAAACAUGAUAUUUGCAGAUAGAAUCUAUGUACUGUAUCUGCCGUGUAGCUUGAAAUAAAACAUGACCAAUGGGUCAGAUGUUAUAUUCUUGUGUGAUAACUAAUGAAACUUUAUUUAAUGCUAGGCAUCCAUCUUAGGGCCCGACUAGCCAUUUGCCUCUGGUUCUAGUUCUUGAAUCAUAAGUUCCUAGUAAUAACCCUGAGUAGUAGUUUUCUUGCAGCAGGUAUACAUAUAUUCUAUAUUUGUGCCUGGUACCUGCUGAGGUUUGAAAAAUGACUGAGAUUGUAGUCCUUUUUUUGUCAUAUUAAAUAUGUCUCUAGGAAUGUUGGCAAGAUUUCUGGUAUCAUUUGAUUUUUGUGUUUAUGUUUUACCACUGUCCAUAACAGAGUUGUAUUAAUUUUAGCUUUUAAUUUUGGAAACCUUGAUGUGAAAUUUCAAUAAAACUUCCAGUUUAUUUUCCUGACACAGACUUGGAGAAGAACAAUAAGAAGAAUGGAUGUUUCCCUGGUAAAUGCUCCCCAGGUCAGUGUCCUGUCCAUAUUUUUUUUUUGAAAACUCCUCUCAUUAUUUAAACCAUUCGCAACUUGUAAUGUUAUCUAUAGUGUUUGUUUUUUCUCAUUUAUCUUUGUUCUCCCCCAAUAAUAAAAAUUAUAUCUUUAGUUCUUUUUCACUUAUAAUGGGACAAGUACAGAUAUGUCCAAUUAUAUUUUUACUGGAUUUUAUGCUGUGUGGACAUAAAUGUUCAAGGAUCAAUGGCCUGCGGUUCUGAAAGAGAAUGUAUUGUAAUUGAUGCUCAAAGAAUAUAUUGAUGGUUAAUUUCUUCAUUGGAUGGACUUGUGUCAUUUAUUAUUUCUGGGGACAGAUCUCCUGUGCCACUUAAACUGCAUUUCAGGAAUAGUCAGGUUUCCAGAAACAACCUUCAACAGCAAUGUGAAUGUAGAUCUGCAAAUACAUGGACAUUGAUGUUACUGAGAAAUGUAUGGAAGAAUAGAAUUUAUGGAAUUGUCGAAUUAGAAGACUAUUCACUGUCUUGAAUGAAACUUGAUAGAAAACAUUUCGGCUCCCUAGAGACAUAGAUGAUGAACGGAAUAUGUGUCUUUCUCUUACCGUAGGAUUGAUGUGUUUGUGAGGAGAUGCAGGUUGUAGUAUUCUGGUAUCUCUUUUGAACAUUUUAUGUCACAUAGUCAUCUUGGGUUUGUUGACACUUGAAAUCUUUGUCUCAGGAGAGACACUGCCUAGUGCUCAGUGUGCUCAGUUCUCAAUAUACAGAUGAUUGUUUUCUUCUUCCCUUUUGUUUCAUUUUUUAGGAGUAAUAUAAGCACUACUGUGUGUGCCUUUAUAUUACAGCACAUGCCAUAUAUUAGUAAGAAUUUUCUGGAAAAUAUUAUCUUGGUACUAUGCAUAAGCCAUCACAUUUUAAGCAUACAUGAAUGUCCCUCUUAAUUUGUUCUCUUCUUCAGCAAAAUGAAUGUUCCAUCCACCCUAUGUUUUUCUCUCCUCCAGUCUAUGUAUUACAUAGGGGAAAACUGAAGGACUGUGGCAAUAUUUCUUUACAAUAAUAUUUUAUUUGAAUACCUAAGUGUUUAUCUUCAUAUUUUUAUGUACAUUGAAUGAUACCAUAUGCCCCCAAAUCCUGAGUUUAGCAUCCAGCCCUUGGGACUGAGGUUAAACAUGAUAGUGAGCUACAAUGUGUGUAGAAACAAAAGAAGAUUAAGUCAGGGCUACACAGAGAAACUCUGUCUCGAAAAGGGAAAAAAAAAGAGAGUGAGAGAGAAGAUAAAGUUAAAAUUACAAUUUUCAGUUAAGUCAAUCUCAUGAGUAAUAAUGUUUUUAAAAUUCAAGAAGAAUUACUAUAAUUCUCAAUUAAAAAACUCAAUUUGAUCAAAAAAUGAUUCUACUUUAGUUGAAUGCAUUGUCACAUGUGCCAUUUAUUUACACACACAUACCUAAUUAUUAUGUAGUAAAAAAACAUAUGUAAUUAAUGACCUUGAUAUUAUCUGUACUGCAUAUGUCAACUUUGAUAAAACUUUCAAUAAUUCUAUGCUGUCUAAUACUGGCUUUUUUAUUUUACUGUUAUGAAUAUAGCCUCAUAAAAUAACUUCAUAAAGUAUUUCAUUCUGUGUAUCCUUUGGAAUGUUGACUGGGUUCACUGAUUUAAUGUUUAAAGAAAAAAAUGUGAUUCUUAAUUCAUCCAAUAAUUCUGCAUUUCGUGUUGUACAUCUUUGUCCUAGUAAGGGUACAGCAUUGUUCCUAGGUCUCAGGAUAUCAACUGAGAAUUUUAAAAUAGAGUCAUGUGAGCCCCUACUACAGAUAGGAUUGAUAAAGUGUCCAUAGUUGAGCAAGAGUGAGAGCUGUAAAAUUUAGAAGUACAGUUUUAUUCAUUGGAAUUUGACCAUCUGUGAUGUGACACUGGGAUUCUGUUUCAUAGCAACCCAUACUUCAUAAAGCUACACUCCUGAAUCUAGACAAGAAAUGUGUAUGUUAUAUUCCCUAAAACUUUGCUGAUUACAAUCCUGUAAUCCUGUUUCAGAGAAAUAGAAAAUACAAUAGAGACUAUUUUGCAUCAUUUAUUAAAAUUAAUUUUCAAUUUUAUUUAAUGUUUGUUGGUAUAUUUGGCCGAAUGUGUGCAUAUGUGCUGUGUAUUCCUUCAGCCUGUAGGGCUCAGAAGAGUGCAUCGUAUUUCAGAGAAUUGGGAUUAGAAAUCUGUUGUAUAGUUAUGUGCACUGGGAAACAACUUUGGAUUAUAGAACCCAAAGUACAGACAGAUUUUUAAAUGAAGUGAUGGUGGCAAAACCUUCAUCUGAUGCUAACGUCUUAUAAAACAUUAGAAAGUUAAUGAAGCAGAAGACCUUAUGAAUGUAAUCAAUAUAGUAUAUCUUUCUAUAAAUUGCCUAUGAAGGAGCAGCAGUGCAUACCUUAUGACACAUUUUUACAGCAUUUCUAGAAGAUGUUGUUUGUCCUUAAAUAUUUACCAUGACUCAACUUUAUCACAAAUUAUCUUGAAUUCUUUAGGAGGUUUUACCUAGGAAAUCACUUUUGUCCAGGAAACAGGUAUUUUUCCAUUACAGGGUCAGUUAACAUUCAAGGACGUGGCUGUGGACUUCUCACAGGAGGAAUGGGAAUGUCUUGACUGUGCUCAGAGGGCAUUGUACAUGGAUGUUAUGUUGGAGAAUUACAACAAUCUGUUUUUUGUGGAGAAUCAUUGUGUGUGUCCUAAAUAUGAGAAUGUCUUGGAUCAAGACACACAGCAUAUUUUCCACAAGCAUGUAAAUAUCCAAAAGAAGUCUUGUAAAUGUAAUGAUCGUGGCAAAGAUAUUUAUGAAUACACCCAAAGUGUACUUUACCAAGAUAACUUCAGGGAUACACAUGUUAAGUCAUCAGAUGUAAACAGACAUGAAACUGGAAACACCAGAGAACCUUGCAAAUAUAAAAACUGUGUAAACUGUUUAAAUUUGUGUUCUAUCAUUGGUCUAAAUCAAGGAAUCCACAUAGGAAAGAAAGAACACAAUGGGACAGUGCUUGAUAAGGUUUUUGACUCUAAACAAAUACUCGGGCUGAAACAAACCAAUAGUGGAAAGAAACCUUACAGAUGUAGUGAAUGUUCCAGAUGCUUCACCAAGAAAUGCAAGCUUAGACAACAUCAGAUAAUUCAUACAGGAGAGAAACCUUACAGAUGUAGUCAAUGUGACAAAUGCUUUUCCCAAAAAUGCAGUCAUAGUACUCAUAAGAAAAUUCAUACAGGAGAGAAACCUUACAAAUGUACUGAAUGUGACAAAUGCUUUACCUUUAAAACUGACCUAAGAAUUCAUCAGAGAAUUCAUACAGGAGAGAAACCAUACAAAUGUAUCGAAUGUGACAAAUCUUUUACCCAGAAAGGCCAUCUUAUAAUUCAUCAGAGAAUUCAUACAGGAGAGAAGCCUUAUAAAUGCAGUGAAUGUGACAAAUGCUUUACCCAAAAAUGUAGUCUUACUAUUCAUCAGAGAAUUCAUACAGGGGAAAAACCGUAUAAAUGUGGCAAAUGUGAAAAAUGCUUCACUCACAAAGGUGAUCUUAGAAGUCAUCAGAGAAUUCAUACAGGAGAGAAACCUUAUAAAUGUAGUGAAUGUGACAAAUGCUUUACCCACAAACGCAGUCUUAGAAGUCAUCAAAGAAUUCAUACAGGAGAGAAGCCUUACAAAUGUAGUGAAUGUGACAAAUGCUUUACCCACAAACGCAGUCUUAGUAUUCAUCAAAUAAUUCAUACAGAAGAGAAGCCUUAUAGAUGUAGUGGAUGUGACAAAAUCUUUAAUCACAAAGGUGAUCUUAGAAAUCAUCAGAGAAUUCAUACAGGACAGAAACCUUAUAAAUGUAGUGAAUGUGACAAGUGCUUUGUUCAUAAAUACAGUCUUAGUAUUCAUCAGAGAAUUCAUACAGGAGAGAAACCUUAUAAAUGUAAUGAAUGUAAUGAAUUCUUUAGAUAUAAAUGUAGUCUUAGGACUCAUCAGAAAAUGCACACAUUAGAGCAUAUUUACAAAUGAAACAAAUGACACAAACCCUUCAAAAAAGAUCAUGUUAAAACUCAUCAAACAAUAUAUACAGGAGAGUGUCCUUUCAAAUAUAAAUGUUUAAAUCCUUUACUGUUAGCUCAUCUCUGACAGUACAUCAGAGAAUUCAUACGGGAGAGAAACCUCACAAAUGUAACAUGAGGAAAGAGCUUUACCUGAAAAGUAGUUUCUGCUGGAAAACAUGUGGCAUGUAUUUUACCCAAGUGGAAUUCUUUGCAACACUUUAGGCUCCACACUAGAGUUAAUUAUGAAUAUUAAGAUCUUGUGAAAGCACCUAAGUAGUGUUCAAAUCAUAGAAACUAUAAAGCAUUUAUGCUGGAGAAUGACUGAAAAUGUGACAAUGAAGAAAAAUUUUCAAAAUGUUUACUAUCAAAUGUUCCAUAAUGAAGACAAAGAAGAGAAGCCACAAGAAUCUGUAACACUUUUGUGGAGACGGAAAUAAUCCAUUACAGAGGAAAUCUGAUUAUGGUGGAUAAUACACUUCUCAAAAUAGAUAGUGACACCAAUAGCAUUCUGUAUGUUUAACUCAAAUGAAGAAACUCAGAAAAAUCAUAUUUGUUAAAAGAGGGUUUGAUAAACUGAGCCACCAAAAUGGAAUGCUCUUCAUGCCAGUAUUCCUACAGAUACAGUUUGCCCUCAGUGUAUUCAAAAUCUGUAUCAUGCUGGUUUCAAGUUUCAGGAUAGCAAGUGUCUUUGAGUCCCUUGGGCUCUGAUCACCAACUCCUUCCCCAUAGUCCUGUAUAUAACUGUAAUAAAUAUUGAUUGAACAAGUUGGA